AUGGCGCACUUGACCCUCGACAUCACCCUCGACGCUGCAAUUCUCGACGUCCUCACUGGUCCACAGCCGCCGGCGAAGACUCUCAAGACCCAGUUACCCCGCAGGGACGCUGCACUCGACCCACUCCUCAUCGCUGCUGCAGCGGCCUCUGGUCCCCAUGUCACCCGGAAUCACUACCAUCAUGACUUUUAUCCAGGCGCCCUUCAGGACGUUGCCAGAGACUGCACGAAAUGGUCGGGCAAGCUCGCAUAUGUCAGCCGCCAGGCCCCGCGGCGCCAGCGUCUGUCCAUCGACCAGGGCAAGGAGAACGAGAGCUAUCGUCGGGAAGUGAGCGAGCCGCAACCGCUCCAGUCGACGGAGAAUCUGCCUUCGAGGAAGCGAAGGUCCUCUCUAGUUGCGCCGUCGAAUGCUUCUGAAGGAAGAACUCGAUCAAAAUCUAUCACUGCAACAGAACCUCCACCUUCGACAAAGAUGCCACCUCGGCUUCAGGUGAAAUGUAUGGCCCGAACCCGUAUUCCUACCCCGCACGGCCCCGCGUUCCUCCACCUCUACCACAACAACCGUGACAACAAGGAACAUCUUGCCAUUGUCGUUGACCCCUCUCAGUUGGACCAAAGUGCCCCCUCCCUGCCCCCGAUCCGGUCUCGUUCCCUCGAUUCCGUAUGGAGUGAGAACGAGACAGAGAUGGACAGGAUAAUACGGGGCGCCUACGUCGGUCGACUCUCCCCGACAUAUCAGAAGGCGUCUGAUCCGUCUAUUAAUACACCUCAGUCAACCCCAUCCGACCUUCCUCCACCACUUAUUCGCAUUCAUUCCGAGUGCUUCACGGGCGAGACUGUAGGGAGCAUGCGAUGUGAUUGCGGAGAACAGCUCGACGAGGCCAUCCGGCAAAUCUCCAACCCUAUCAACUCCCAGAUACCCGGUCGCGGUGCGGUCAUCUACUUGCGACAAGAAGGGCGAGGCAUCGGCCUGUUAUCAAAGAUCCGGGCAUACAAUCUGCAAGAUAUGGGCCACGACACUGUCACGGCCAACUUGAUGUUGGGCCACAAGGCGGACGAACGAGGGUACGAAAUCGCUGGCGCCAUUUUGAAAGAUUUGGGACUCGGAUGUGGUGAAAACGCGUCGUGCUCGGAGAGCGUCCGGAUUCUGACCAAUAAUCCGGACAAGAUGGAGGCACUGCGGAAGGAAGGAAUCCAGAUAUCAGAACGUGUACCCAUGAUUCCCCGAAGUUGGCAGCAGCGUAGCCAGACGGAGGAGACUGUGGUGAAGCAGGAGACAUUGGGAUUGACGCUGAUCGGCGGGAAGGCCGUCCAUGGUGACGACUUGGACAAAUACCUCAGAACAAAGGUUGUUCGGAUGGGACACAUGCUUCCCUUAUGGUUUGAAGAAGCUAGCCAAGCUCUGUAA